AUGAAAAAACAUAUUAAAAAACUGUUUGGUAUUAAUGAUCCUUUUAACUUGUUCUUAAAUGAAAAUAAAUAUUUACCACCUAAAGAAAACAUACGUGUUCUAAAAGAGAAUGAAAUUAUUUUAACAAAUUGAAGAAUUAAUUUUGCCAUCAGGUGAGAAUUUAUCACAACAAGAACAAUUGUCAAUUAAUUUUCCUGCAGCAUUAUCAAGCCAACUGAAUUUAUUAACUGACAAAACAAGUAACUUUCAAAAUGGUGAAGAAAUGUAUGAUACUACUGCAAAUACAGAAAUUCUUAGCACAUUUCCAAAGAGAGAACAUGUAAGGUGUCAAAAGAAAAAGACAAAAGUUAUUACAAAUUUUCAGAGAAAACAAACCUACAAAAUCCAAACAGAAAACAAACGUGCGAAAUCGAAACAGAUUACAAAUUCCAUUAUUUCCAACAUUAUUUCUUCUUGCAAAUAUGUUGGUUUUGAUAUAGUAGAUGAUAAAAUUGUGAUAAACCAAGUUAUAUGUCCAAAUGUAGUUAAUACUAUUCAUAAACUUGAAAAUAUAUUAUCUUUGAUUAAAAGCCAUUCCGUAUGUCAGAAGUACAGGUGCCAGUUGGAAAAUUUACAAUUAUUGAAGAGAUAGAAGAACGUGUGUUGAAUGAUAUAAUUACAUUACAUUAUGCAAAAAUGAUAAAACCUAGACUUGUAUCUAAUUCAGAUAAAGCGAUUAGUUUCCUAAAUUAA